GUAAAGUUGUCAGUCACCGGCUGACGUACACCAUAACACUUCAGCUGGCAGCCUCUCACUCCUCAGGAAUUUACAAAAGGAUGAAUAAAUGUGUGUUAGUAACACGUGUUAUGUGUAGAGAAAGAAAACUAUUUAAAAAUGCACAUUUCCAUACCAGAGGCUUUUAUAGAACAUUUCUAUUCAAAUCUUUGAGUUCGUCAAUAAAAGUUAAUUGGCUUUACUCUCAAAAAUCUUGGAAGGCUGAAGAUACGAUGAUUCCUUCCUUUACCUCCCAUCAUAAGUUCCUCGGUCAUGUUUGCAGCAGAUUAUCCAGUAUGGGUUCCCAACAUGAACUGCCGUUAGACACACCUAUACUAUAUCUGAAGAGUGAAGAAGCAUUUGCUGGUCUUACUUCCCGUGAACGACACUACGCACAUCAUUUGUCCAGGGCAUCAUGGUGGGGUGGCUUUAUUGUGUUAUGUCAGACAUCUCCUGAGAGCCCUACUAUAUUCAACUUGCUGACUCGACUCUUCCGUUCACAGCCAAUUGAUACACUAAAGGAAGUAGCUAUGGGAAAAGCAGGAUUUACAGAAGACGAGUUUAAAUUACUUGUCAUUUACUAUUCUGGUAUAGCAUAUAACAUGGGGAACUAUUUAGGUUUUGGUGACAGGAAGUUUAUUCCAAGCGUGAGCCGAGAGAAACUGGAAGCUCUGAUUAAGGCUUCUAAAGCAUAUCUUGAAGCGCCAGAUAUAAUUGAAGAUUAUAUGAAAAAGUGUUUAGAACCUAUGUACAAUUUAGAGGAAUGCAAGAAGUUUCUUGGUAUGCCCACCAGUGGAGUGACAAUGUAUUUCACACCUAACUGUACUCAAGAUGAUGCUGAUAUUGCCAAAGAGUACAUGGCUGCAAGAAAUAUUGAACCGUGGAAUAAUCGCUUGCUUAAGUAUGAAGAAAAUGGUCAAACUUUGUAUGACAUACGUUUAGCAUCUAUUGAACAAGGACCUGCUGCAGAUAUUACUAUUGACAGUGAUGAAUUUCAGGGUCACAAGUUCCGUGUAAGCAGAGGAGAUUACUCUUUCUUUCUUAAAAAGAUGACUGAAGAGCUCCAGCUGGCCAAAGAUUAUACUGCUAAUGAUCUUGAAGUGCAGAUGCUUGACAAAUAUAUUGAGAGCUUUACCACUGGAUCAAUAAAAGCUCACAAGGAAGGAUCUACCUUUUGGGUGAAGAAUAAAUCUCCUGCAGUUGAAACAUACAUGGGAUUCAUUGAAGUGUACAGAGACCCAGUAAAUCAGCGUGCAGAGUUCGAGUCCUUUGUUGCAGUUGUGAACAGAGAACAGUCCCGGAAAUUUGAUACUCUGGUAAGUCGAGCUGAAAAAGAGUUCUUGCCUCUUCUUCCCUGGGGUAAAGAUUUUGAAGAGGAUGUAUUCAUGCGACCUGAUUUUUCUUCAUUAGAUAUUUUAACUUUUGCUUCUUCUGGGCUGCCUAUUGGCAUAAACAUACCAAAUUACAAAGAUGUUAAAGAAGAACAAGGCUUCAAGAAUGUUAGCUUAACAAAUGUCAUGGCUGCUCGUACUGGUAUAAAAGGUGGUCCUUUUCUGUCCGAGGCUGAUCAUGCCUUGAUUGAAAAACAUGGAGCAUUAGGACUAGAAAUCCAAGUUGGUUUACACGAACUGUUGGGACAUGGCUGUGGCAAGUUUCUUCGUCGCAAAGAUGAUGGAUCUCUGAAUUUCGACUCUACCAAAAUUAAAAACCCUUUCACAGGGGGUGAAGCAAUGUUUUAUGAAAAGGGGGAAACAUACAAUUCACAUUUCACUAACCUUGCUAGUGCUUAUGAAGAAUGUAGAGCUGAAACUGUAGCUCUAUAUUUGGGACAUGUUGAUGAUAUUCUUGACAUCUUCGGAGUCGCUGCUGAAAGCCGUGAGGACUUGAAAUAUGUUUCGUGGUUGGACAUGAUGUAUGCAGGACUAAGAGGUUUAGAAAUGUAUCAGCCAAGUCAAGGCAAGUGGGGACAAGCUCAUUCUCAAGCCCGGUAUGUGAUCUUGCGGGUGGCUUUAGAGGCUGGACAGGGUUUGGUUAACAUCACCGAGACGAAAGGUAAUGAUGGCCUUCCUGAUUUACUACUUACCCUUGACAAGACUAAAAUUCAUACGGUUGGCAAACAGGCAAUGGGGAAUUUCCUCCGGAAGCUGCAGAUAUACCGUUCAAUGGGCGAUUCAGACUCGGGCCGAGCUAUGUUUGAAAAGUAUUCUGAGGUACCGUCAGAUGGACCAUUUCCAUUUGGUAAGUGGCACGAGAUUGUAGUGAGGAAACGCAGGCCCCGUAUGAUUUUAGCCAUGCCCAACACUCGUGUUGUAGGAGAGGAUGUUGAACUUGUAUCAUAUCCUGAAGCAGUAGAUUGUGUAGCAAAGUCUUGGGUUGAUCGCUUCUCCUCAGAAGAUUAUGAGGCUUUAGAAUCUGCUUUGUCCACUUUUGUUUGAGGGUACUGUACUGUUAUUUAUGUACAAUACUUUAUCUCAGUCUUUGAUGAAAAAUCCUCCUUUCGUUGAGUGCUUACAUGGAGAAUGUCAAUGCUGUGGGGUACUAGGAAGUUACUGAUUUGAAUGUCAUAUUUUAAUAUAAAAAUUAUUUUGUAUUUUUUAUACAUACUGUACUGUAAAGUUUUGCAUUAGGUGAAAUUGAAAAUCCACAUGUUCCUACACAUUUUGCAGACUUUACAAUAUUAUAUACACACGUUUUCCUCACCUAGUUAUUUCAAUAAUGUUUAGACUGGACAAUUUUAAUAAAACUGUUUAAUGCCAUUUAAUAAAUUUUUAUGAUAAUUAAAUUACA